CGAGGGUCUCCUGGAAACAGCCUCUCUGCCCCUCGAGUAUAGGUUAAUGGUGUAGAAAUUUCCUUGUUGACUGGUGACAGUAAUGAGGCUUUGAGGGAGCAAAACUUCAAACUAGCAUUGGAUUUGAGUUACUUGCGCGGCAAAGUUGACUCAGUGAGUGAGUCCAGCUACUUGCGUGGUAAACUUGAUGCAUAUGAGUGUAUGAUGGGAAAUGUGAAGCGGCAUGCAGUUACAACAUUUAACUUAUCUGAUCAAGCAGCUCCAGAAGCUCCUGCUUCUGCUCCUCCUGCUCCUGCUCUGGUAGCUGACCCUGCAGCUGAACCAUUUAUUGUUAAUAGAAAGAAGCAUGUCAGAAGGAUGAAGGCAGUUACAGCAUUUAACUUUUCUGAUCAAGCUGCUCCAGAAGCUCCUGCCCCUGCCCCUGCUCCUGCUAGUGACCCUGAAGCUGAACCAUCUAUUGGUAAUAGAAAGAAGCGUGUCAGAAGGAUGAAGAAGAACUCAUAGGAAGUGUGCUUCUCAGGUUUGGAAUGGCUUCUCAGUCAGGCCUGAAGAUCUUAGUCUAUCCAUUCUUUUUUGGUGUUGGUAAUGUGUAACAUUUGGCUAACAUUAGCUACACUAAUAUGUAUAGUCCUCGUGUUUCCUUUUCCCAUGUUU